AUGUCUUCCCGCUUCUCGCCCCCGAGCUCACCUCGAGAGCCCACGCAGCGGCACGGCACGACUUCGGCCUACGACGAUCGGGUGCACGACGUAGACUACUCCUCCGCCUCCCCCGUCCGCCCAUCCGCCAUGACUGAGUCGAUGGGACCACCGACUGGCGGGGUCGCUCGCUCCGGAAGCAGCGCCUCGCGAGCCAGCGGCUAUCAGCCGACUGCAAACUACGCCAGCAUGGGCAAUGCCGGUGUCCUCCUCCAACAGCCGCAGUCGUACGCCCAGCCGGCGCAGGCCCCGAUGCAUCCGCCUAGCAAGCUCGCCACCGGCGGCCAGUCGCACGCGCACCGCCCCGUCUCGGCGAUGCCCACGCCGACUGACCGCGGGUCCAACGCCGGGCGCGGUUCCAAGCCCACCUCGGACGGCUCCGCCAACGUCUUCGCGUCCAUGGGACCGGGCUACAACGAGCGCCGGGCUAGCGCUCAUCCGACCAUGUCGAGCAGCAGCAGCCACGCCGGAUCCGGCGCCAUGGGCGCGCCGCCUUUGCCCGGCAACGGUGCAGGCCUCGACCCUGGCACCAGCCAGGCCAUCUCGUCCGGCAUCCCCAUCACGUCGCCCGCCGCGCUCUCGUACUUUGCCGCCCACCCACGCAGGCAGCAGGUGCACUUUGGCAACUAUCUCCUGCUCCAGACGCUGGGAGAGGGCGAGUUUGGCAAGGUCAAGCUCGGCGUGCACAAGGAGUGGGGCGAGGAGGUGGCGGUCAAGCUGAUCAAGCGCGAAAAAGUCGGGCCCAACGGCGUUCAGCUGCAACUCGACCCCAACCAAAAGGAUCCCGCCAAGAUGAGCAAGGUAGAGCGCGAGAUCCAGGUUCUCAAGGACGUUCGACACCCCAACAUUGUCCGCCUCUACGAAGUCAUCGAAUCGGACCGAUACAUUGGCAUCGUGCUCGAGUAUGCCUCUGGCGGAGAGCUUUUCGACCACAUCUUGGCGCACAAGUACCUCAAAGAGGAGCACGCCUGCAGGCUCUUUGCACAGCUGAUCUCGGGCGUCUCGUACCUUCAUCGCAAAAAGAUUGUCCACCGCGAUCUCAAGCUCGAGAACCUGCUGCUCGACCGCAACCGCAACGUCAUCAUCACCGACUUUGGCUUCGCCAACAACUUCGAGGACCGCAGGGACGACCUGAUGGCCACGAGCUGCGGCAGCCCUUGCUACGCCGCGCCCGAGCUCGUCGUCCAGGACGGCCUCUAUGCGGGCUCGGCCGUCGACGUGUGGUCCUGCGGCGUCAUCCUCUACGCCAUGCUCGCUGGCUACCUGCCGUUCGACGAUGAUCCGGCCAACCCGGACGGCGACAACAUCAACCUCCUCUACAAGUACAUCAUGGCCACGCCGCUCUCGUUCCCAGACUACAUCAGCGCCGAGCCGAGGGACCUCCUCUCGCGGAUGCUGGUGCCCGAUCCGCUCAAGCGGGCCGACCUCAACCAGGUCAUGUCGCACAGCUGGCUGUCGGCGUACCGCGAUCUCUUCCGCUUCUCGGUCGACGACCUCGAGCGCGCCGCAGUCGAGCAGCAGACCAAAAAGAGGCAGGUCUACCGCCAGCAGAUGCUGUAUCAGCAUCAGCUGCAGGAGCAGCAGCGACGACAGCAGAUGGAGCGCAGCCAGUCGACCAAGCACGUAUCUGCCUCGCUGGCCCCCAGUGGAGCUGUCGGCAUCACCGACCACCCACACCAGGCCGCCAAGGCCCAGCGCCAUCAGAGUGCGAUGGCGUCGAGCACGACGAUGCCCGACCGCAUCUUCGAGGCCGCGCCCGGCACGAGCGGCAGCUCGCUCAGCGUCCCCGGUGCCCGAGUCGGUUCCGAGAGCGGUCGCUCCUCGGCGGCGACGGCCAUCGACCCCGUCAUGGCUCAGGGCAACGCCCGCGGCGAGCCUCGUACCCGCCUCGACGAGUCUGCACCUGCAGCCACCGCCUCCUCGCGCAAGCGAGACUCGGCCGGCGCCUCGAGGGACAGCGAGCAGCGCAAGCCUGCGGCCUCCAAGACACAGCGGCACACCAUCCAGCUCGAGUACAGCGGCGACUCGGAUCGCAACAGGGCUCAGAAGGCCGCCAGCACCACCGAUGGGUCGGUCCCGCCGGUUCCGCGCGUCACCCACGACCGUGCCGCCCCAACAGCCAACACCUCGGCGACCGGCACGUCCAAGCCCAACACCGCGACGAGCCGCUCUGGAACGGCGAGCGCCGGCUCGACGCCUGCGGGACCGCGUGAGGCAAACGGGGCUAUCUCCGAGGCAAGCCAGGCCGAGGGCGAGAACGCCGCUCCCAUCAGGGCUCGCGAGGAGAUGGCGCGCACCGCCUCGACGGCAUCAUCCGGUGCUGGUGUGCCCUCGCCCAUCCUGGAGCAGGGCGUGGCUUCGGCGAUGCCAUCGACGGCCGAAGAGGACGAGGAGCCCAAGGUCGACCGGCCCAAAGCGUCGCAGCCCAGAAUGCCGAGUGCCGCACCCGCUGGUCCCGCCGCUGCCCAGGCUGCCAAGGGUGCGGCCAGCAGGGGUGUCUCGAACCCGCUCCCAUCCAGCGAGCCAGUGUCGUUCCCGCCAGGCGGCGAGCGCGUAGCCUCCGCCGGCGCGGCGGCGUCGCCCGAAAAACGUUCGAGGCGCAUCUCGCGACCAUCGACCAGCCACCUGCUCGGUUCGUCCAGCAAGGCCACGCCAGAGCGGACCAACUCGCGCCACCGCAAAGGCAUGUCGACCGACAAGUUCUUCCUCUCGCGCCUGCUUGGCUCUCAAGGCGGCGGCGGCGCGAGCAGCCCCGGGCCUCGAGCGGGCGAUGACACCGAUUCGCGAUCGCAGAGCGGUAGCACCUUUGAGGUUAGUCCGGCUCGCCCGGCUGUCGAUCGGACUCCGAGCAGCAACGGCAGGUCUGGCAGCCGGCGCAAGGCAAUGAGCCUGGUCGUUGGCAAGCCUGGCAACGCUUCGUCGGCCGCCCGCGACCGGGACCGUGCCAUCGACGCCAACGGCGCCGCCGGCACCAGAAGAUCCGAGAUGGAAAAUGUCAGCGAGGCCACCUCUUCUGGCUCGGCCGAGGCCCCGGCGGCGCCGUCGCUGCGCGGAGCCCCCUCUGUGGCCAGUUCGAGGCCUCCGACGGCAACUAGCAGCCGCCACGGCACCUUCUACGACGAGUCGACGCUGGGCAGCUCGGCGUCUGGACCGUCGAGCAACGCGGCCAAGAAGGUGAUGGACUGGUUCCGCAAAAAGAGCCUGUCGCGCGGGGGCUUCCAGGAGCAGCCGCCGCUCGGACCGUUCGAGCGCAGCCCUUCGCAGGUCCGCGCCAACAGCCCGGGAGCCCCGCAGGUCGUCGUCACCGGCGCUGCGGCCGGCGGCGGCGGCAGCAGCAGCGGCGGCGUUGCGGGUUCCUCGGUCCCUUCGUCGAGGUCCACCUCGGGUACGCACAGCCAGGCCAGCGAGGCGACCGAGGCCACGCAGGUCACCGCGAUCACCGAGACGUCGCAGAGGACCAGCGAGGGCGUCAAGUCGAGCGCCUCGACGGUGCAGCAGGCGACGCCCAAGGCCUCCUCGACCAUGAUGGCCGGGCCCGAGACGCCCAUCCAGCCCAGCUCGCCCGCCGCCUUUGGCGGCCCGCGUGCCGACCUUCCCUUCGUGGACUCGCGCCUCCGCUUCCACCUCGGCGCCGUCGACCAGUCGGCGCUGACUUCGAGGUCGCCCAUCGACGUGUUUGCCGAGGUGCAGCGGGCGCUGUACGACAUGGGCAUCGACGUCCGCAAGGAAAGGGACGAGGACUUCAAGCUCGAGUGCGUCCGGCGGAAGCGCGCCAAGACCCUCUUCGGCGCAACCCAGGGCCUCAGCGCCAGCAUCCGCACCUCGGUCUUCCCGCCUUCGCAGGCCGAUGUGGAGCGUUCUUCGCGCACCAGCAACGUCGCCGCCAUGUCGACCAGCCCGAGCACGGGCGGCGGCAGCCUCCGCAGCUUCCUUCGCCGCGGCUCGCAGGCGCAGCCCCCCGGCAGCGCCAGUCCAGUGUCUGGCAGCGCCUUCCUGUCGCCCUCGAGCACGACAACGCCCUUUGAAGAGGUCCAAGGCGGCAACGCGCAGGCGCCGCAGCCGCUGUACGGCGACGCCUCUGUGGAUGGCGGCCAGGAGAUCCGGUUCUCGGUCGAGGUGACGCGGAUCAAGAACCUGCCGGGCCUCUACAGCCUCGAUAUCCGCCGCAUGAAGGGCAACCUGUGGGCAUACAAGUUUGUCUACUGCGCGCUCCUGGACCGCUGCCAGCUUGGUGGCGGUAGCAGCAACCCUAGCCACAGCAACCACGGCAGCCCCGCUGUACACGCCAACAACGGCCAGCAUGCCGCCGUCCUGCAACCCGGCGUGGCCGUUUGA